AUGGAGCAGCUCCUCCCAAAGCAGGGUGCAGCCGACUCCAGGGAGCAUCCAGCUGAUACUCCUGGCAGCCAGGCUGGCGAACCGAGACCCCUGAUGGGACAGGCGAGCGAUGGAUGGUGUGUGAUGAACCUGGCGGGAGCCUCCGAUGACGUUUGUAAGGUCAGAAGUGAGGAGCAGCCGCAUCAGCCAGCUGAGAGUCGGGAUUUGGACCAGGAAGAGUGGGAGGUUGUUUCUGAGCACCUGGCUUGGGGGGAGGCUGGCAAGAACAGCAGCAUGGAAGACUCUGACAGCAAGGAAUGGGAUCAAGGAGACUGCCCUGAUGGGGACUUGAAAGCAAAGAGAGUUGCAGCUGUGCCCCCCAUGUUUCAAAAUAUCCACGUGACUUUCCGCGUGCACUACCUCACGCACUCUGAUGCCCAACUGAUUGGUGUUACUGGUGACCACGAGUGCCUGGGCCAGUGGCACAGCUAUGUUCCCCUCAGGUAUGACAAGGAUGGCUUCUGGUCCGAAUCCGUUAUUCUGCCAGUAGACACCAAAGUAGAGUGGAAAUUUAUCCUGGUGGAGAACGGGAAGGUCAGCCGUUGGGAAGAAUGCGGUAAUAGGAUCCUAGUGACUGGACAUGAAGAUCAAAUUGUUCAUCAGUGGUGGGGAUACCAUUAA